AUGUCGGAUCAAAGAAUAUUUACUAGAUAUAGGGCAUCUGAAAUUGGAGUGGAUUUACAAAAUUCAGAAAGUAAAAAACUCAAGAAUAAUGUAUUAGGAAGGAAAACUGCUUUAAGGAAGAUUAUAGCAAAUUUAACAUUGGGUAAUGUUAAUGAAAUGUCAUAUUUGCUGCCAGAAAUUUUAAAAUAUUGGCAAAUUGAAGAUGAUUAUGAAGUGAAAAGGAUUUGUCAUGAAUAUAUACGAAAAUUAGGACCAUCCAAACCAAAAAAUGUUCAAGAGGCUUUACCAUAUAUCUUAAAUGAUUUGAAAAGCAAGAAUCAAAAACUUCAAAUUUUGAGUUUGAAAACACUAGUGGUUGUUCCAUCUCCUGAAUUUUUUAAUGAAGCGUUUGAAUUUGUAUCACAAACGCUUAACAGAUUAUCAACCGUAAAGGAUGAAUUAACAAAGGAAGCUAUUUAUUGUAUAAGUGUAUUGGAUGAAGCUGAUCAUGACCGUGUACUACCAUUGAUUGAUACUUUAAUGGAUAUUAUUGAAAAUGAAUCUAAAGAACCUUCUUUUAUUGUGGCAGCAUUAAAUGUGGUAUGUAUUAUAUCAGAAAGAAACACUAAUAUGAGUAAUAUGACAGUGCGGGUCGAUAUUGCAAUUGAUAUUUUGGAGAUGUUGCCAACUUUAAAUGAAUGGGAAAAAGCGUUUGUUAUGGAGUGUUUCACUGGAAAAGUGGUUCCUCAAACUCAUAUGGAGUCUACAAAUAUUAUACAAUUAGUUAUCCCUCAACUUCAACAUGGUAAUACAUCAGUUGCUCUCAAUACAUUGAGAUUUAUCUUUUAUUUGCUAAAUUAUGUUGAAUUUACUACGGAAGAACUAUCUAUCAAAUUAUCAAGCUCGAUUAUAGCUUUGUUGAAUAAACCACCAGAACUGGAAUUUUUAAUUUUAAGAAAUAUCAUUUUAUUACUUCUCAGCAGAGAAAAUUCUAUACUGAAUUUAGAUGUAUCUUAUUUUUUUGUUGAGUAUAAUGAUCCUAUUUAUAUAAAAGAUACAAAACUUGAAUGUCUAUAUCUUUUAGCAAAUGAAGUCACCCUCCCAUUGAUUUUAGAAGAGUUAGAACAGUAUGCAACAGAUAUUCAUAUACAAAUGUCACGAAAAGCAAUCAGAGCCAUUGGAAAUUUAGCAGUAAAACUAAAUAAAGAAUCAGCUGAUAAAUGUGUGGAAUGUCUACUAGACCUAUUAGAAUUUGGGGUUGAUUAUGUUAUUCAAGAGACGAUAUCCGUAUUUCGUAAUAUAUUAAGAAAAUACCCAGAUAGAUACAGAAAUAACAUUGAUAUAUUAGUAAAUUGCAUUGAUUAUAUUCAGGAAAGUGAAGCUAAGAAUGCAAUGAUAUGGAUUUUAACCAAUUAUUCAGACAGUAUGCACAACUGUUUGGAAAUAUUCAAAGUUUUUUCUUCAAAUAUAAAAGAUGAAACAUUAGAAGUGCAAUUUUCUAUUUUAAACAGUUCAAUUAAAUUCUUAAUGAGAUACGGUACUAAAGAAUCAGAAUCAAUAUGUAUGGAAGUUCUUAAGUGUUGCACAGAAGAAAUAGAUAAUCCAGAUUUAAGAAGUAGGGCCUAUAUGUAUUGGCGUUUACUGACCUUGUUACAAACAAAAGAUAACCAUAUGACAAAUGAGACUGUGUUGGAUAUAAUUGAUGGUGAUUUACCUGUAAUAGAGUUGAAUACAAAAUUAGACCCUCUAAUACUUCAAGAAUUAGAAUUAAACAUAGGCAGCAUUGCAUCUAUCUAUCUGAAGCCGGUUUCACAAAUUUUCAGAUUAAAUAGACCAAAACUUCUGAUUUCAAGUCCAGUAUUGAAUCCGGAUCACGAUUCUCUAAAAAUAAUCAAAAGUAACUCAACAUAUGAUGAAUUUGGUAAUGAAUCUAAGAAUUUAGACAAUCAGAGAAUGGAUCGUAGGUCACAUGAAAUGGUUUCCACUAAUUCAACUAUGAAUGCAAUUAUGGAGGACUAUGAUAAACCCGCUGAAACAAUUAAUCAGCUGAAAGGUAACAUGAAAUCUAGUUCCACAAGGCAGUCGCGAUUAAGCAGAAAACCAUCUCAAUUGCUUAGAAGAUUAACUAAAAAAAACCAUUCUAAUGAACUAAUUAUCCACUUCUUAAGUGGAAAUGGAUGUUUAAUGUUUUUUCAUAUAUAG